ACCAAUCAGCGAUCGCUUUAUGUGUCAGAUUGGGUUCCGGUGUGAUCAAGAUGGCGUUAAGGGAACUGAGCUCGUUGGAGAAAUUUCUAGGAUUAAAGAAGCCCAAUAAAUACAGCACGCAAGGAGGAAAAAAGGUCCCUGUUCUCCAAAACAACAAUGAACCAGCAUUGAUCGGUCUGGUCACUAUAGCGUCCCAUCUGAUCCGUGAGGCUAAGAGACCUGAGCUGCUAGGAGACAGCGCUGAACAGAGAGCUGUGGUCCAGCAAUGGAUUGAACAUCGAAUAACACGACUAGAUAACUGUUCUAAAGAAGAAGGCAACGUUAUUUUGAAGGAUCUUAACCAGUACCUGAAGGACAAAGUUUACUUGACUGGGAACGUCUUCACACUGGCAGACAUCCUCAUGUAUUACGGAAUUCACCACAUUGUUGUGGAAUUGGCUGUACAGGAGAAAGAGCGAUAUCUGAAUGUCACCAGGUGGUUCGAUCAUAUCCAGCACUAUCCAGGUGUACGACACCAUUUGCCUCCUGUGGUGGUUUUGAGGAACAGAGUUUACCCAAGUGGUCACCACUGAAAACCUCGGUAACAUCUUGUGGGUUGUCAAAUAAUCCAGACCUUAAGGUCACAAUACCAAUGCUCAACUGACACAGAGCUGUCCCAUUGUGUUACACCACAACCCUGACAUUAACCCAAACAGUCAGGACAAGUAAAGCAGGUCUUUUCCUUUUUUGUGUGUGUGUGUGAGAGAGCUAGUUUAUGUCCAUUAGUAGUGUUAUUUAAUAUGUGUUUAGAAUGAGUGUAGUUUGUGGAAGGUUUAUUCAAAUUAUGUGGAUUGGAGUACCUCAGCAUGAACAAUAAGAAUAGUGGCUGUGGUUAAAAUAAAACUUUUACUAAUGGAAAAGCAGUUGAUUUGAAUUUUAACCUGUAUAUGAAACAAGAGUAAAUCUAUUAAUAGCUUUUUCAGAUAAGUUACUCAUUACUUAAGAUAAUAUGGAUAUCCCUUACAUCAAGCCACACAUAUCUUUCCUCAUUUGGCAUUUUCUUCUGCCAUUCGCCUAUUCUCCUAGUCUUGGCACUGGUGUGGGCAGUAGUCUGGGGUUUGACAGGAUGUCAUGUUCUUGCUCUGGGGCAGUGGGCAGACUACCAGCUGUAGCCGCACAGACAGCACUGGUGUGUUCUGGUUUUCUUGUGCUUUUCACUCCACCCACAACCAGUGUGUCAUUUUCUCCCCAAAAUCCCCUUCUGUCAUAGCUGUGAAUUUCUUUAGACACUUAAAGUGUUCAACUGCUUAAUCCGCUUCUGUGUUAUAUAAAUCACUGGCUGUGUCAAAGGUUUUCAAUAUUCAAAAUGUUUUUGAAUGAGGCGUUGUUGUAGAAGAUCUGCGCUUGUGAAUUUUCACGGCACAAAAUUAAAGCAUUUUUAUAAAAGGUUCAAGACAAAAAUACCUUUCCAGUUCCAGGAGACUUGUUCCUGAGAACAUAGUAGCUUCAUUGAUCAUAAAAGGUUGAUUCAAAACAUCUUUCGGGAAACCGAGCGCUUCAUGCAACGUAUAACAUGUGGCCAAUCUGGUUUGGAGCUGCUCUGUCCGUAGCCUUUAUUAUGGAAAGUCCUCUUCUUAUGAAAGGGAGAUGUGUUUUUGCACGUUUACUUAUCUGCUGUGCAUAUGCUGACAGAAAGAUCCCUCUGUUCUUUUUAUUAUACUUCCUUUCCUGUAAGCCGCUUUUAUGAAAUGUGUGCUGUUCUCAAGCUCAAGUUUGUGUUCUUUAAUGUCAACAGAAUGUUGUCCUGUGCCAAUAAAUGAAAAAGGGAAAACAGAA